GCGAGCGAGAGCAGGUUGUUGGAGUGUGUUGGGCUCUCAGAGCGGCGCGUGUGUUUGCUGAGGGAGGGACGGAUCAGAGACGGAGAGAUCAGAGAGUGUGUUUGUGCUGGAUGCUGGUCGUCGUGGCGAUGGGAGUAACGACCCAGAGUGCAGCUGGAUGCUGAUGAGUGACAUCAGUGGAUUUUGCGUAUGUGGCCCGUGACAAGAACACGCGUGUGUUGAAAUGCCACGUGUUUCAAUGUGACAGUCCCGCGGAAAGCGUCGCCAGCAGCCUGAAGCAGAUCUGCUCGAAGAUUAUGGCUGAACGCAGGAGCGUCGGUCCCGUCGCAGGCUCCUCGUCUCAGUUCAGCUCUGAUGUUCCUCUGAGAGUAGAGUUUCCAACACCAAAGACUGACCUACAACACAGUUUCCAUGCGUUUUACCUGGGAAUGACGUCAGUACUGCGACCUAUAGGAAUGGACAUGAUAAAUGGAGCGAUAGACAGUCUGAUGUCCACCGCAGGGAAAGAGGACUGGACCCCUGUCCUGCUCAACGUCGCUGACGCCACAAUUACUGUCAUCAAAGAAAAGGAAGAGGAGGAGCAAGUCAUAGUGGAGUGUUGCGUGCGCUUCCUGUCUUUCAUGGGUGUGGGGCGUGAUGUCCAUACGUUUGCGUUCAUCAUGGACACGGGAAACCAGCACUUCCAGUGUCACGUGUUCUGGUGCGAACCCAACGCGGGAAGCGUGUCGGAGGCUGUGCAGUCAGCCUGUGUGUUGCGGUAUCAGAAGUGUCUGGGGAAGACCGGCUCCUUGACUCCGCCCCCUACCGACUCCGUCACCCGCCGCGUAACGUCCAGCGUCAAGCGCGGCGUCCAAUCAAUUAUAGACACUCUGAAAAAGAAGCCCGCCCCCGAGGUUCCCCACCAAUGACGGAACAGAGCGGCUGUGACGGACAGCAGGGGUGGUGUGUGUGUGUGUGUAUUUACUGAUGCAAACGAGAAGAGAAACACAGGCCAACAUAACAAAAAAAGACAAGCGAGAUGAAUGAGGAUGUCGGCGCUGAAUGAAGCAUGCGUCUGCCUUACACUAACACAUUCUCACUCAAGUAUUUCGAGGGCGUCAGUGUUCAUGUCGCACUGAUCUCGUCACGCUCAGAUCAAUGCAAGUCUUCACACGCAUGGCCUUGAUUCAAGCCACAGUGCGUUUCAUUUCAAACCACCCGCUCAUUCACACACUCUGGAAAUUGGGUCCUUUAUAAAUUUUUCUUUCCCCAAGAAAUUUAGAGUGAAUUUAUCAUCAUCAUCAUAUCACGAUGUUCAGUGGGAAUAUUGUAAUACAUCAGAGUUUGUCUGUAACAUCUGCUCAGUCGCAUUCUGUAAUGAAGAGCGGAAUGGGGAUUUUUUGAUCACACAAACAUACUCCUUUAGUUAAACACCAAGGCCUGAAAGAGUCCCUGCGCAAGUACGCAAACAGCGACGCAUAUCUGACCCGGGACCACAAAACCAGUCUUAAGGGUCAAUUUU